CACAAACUCAGUCGGAUCGCAAGCGAAUGAGUGUUCCAAUAAAUAAUAAAAAAGUAUUCUGACUGCAAUCAAUAUUAAAAUGUUGUUAAUUUUGGCAUUGGCCUUAGUGUGUUUAACAAGUGGUAUCGUUAACUCUAUACCACAAUGUGCAGAGAAUGCACAAAAAAAAGAAGAAAUUAUUUGUAAAGAUGUGCAGUACAUGAAAGACUUUCGCGGGGUGGGACAAAAGCAUUGGAAGCACCUGAAAAUUAUUAAUGAUAAUGAUAAAGAGAACCAAUUGGAAUGGGAUGAUAUUCCCGAAGAAUUUGCAAAUUUGGAACACUUGGAUAUUUCUCAAGUUGGUGAAUUAAUUUUACAAGAUAAAGGUUUUGAAAAUCUGCCAAAUUUAAAAGCCUUAAAUAUGUCAAAUUGUAAAGUAGAAUCUUUGAAAGCUUCGCACUUUGCAGAUGUCAACAGAUUGGAAAAUCUUGAUGCCAGUUGGAAUCUAUUACAAAAUUUAAGUGCCGAAUUAGAACAUAAAUUUCAGCAUUUAGAAGUUGCUAACUUUUCUCACAAUGCUAUACAGUUGUUCGAAACCGAUGGUAUAAUUCCAAAAUUAAGAGUUCUACAUUUGGAUUUCAAUGAAUUGAAGAGUAUUAACCUGCCUAAUUAUAGAAAUUUGGAAAUAUUAACAAUAAGUGACAAUUUAAUUGAAAAGUUGACAUCAAACUCGUUUAAACAACUAACCUCAAUGCAAGAGCUAAUUAUAAUCUCCAGCCCGCUCAAUCACAUAGAUGAUCGUACUUUUGAAAGUAUGACUGACUUGAAGAAUUUAAAUCUCUCGGCCAAUAGUUUGGAAAAACUGACACCUGAUGUUUUUGCUGGGCUCACUCGUCUAAUACAAUUGGAUCUCAACUCAAAUGAUCUGGUGGAAUUGGCGCCUUUACAAUUUCAACAUUUAGUCAAGUUGCAGAAUUUAGAUAUAAGUCGUAAUAGCUUAAAAUCUCUAAAUUCAAAGAAUUUUAAAAAUCUGGUAAAUUUGCGCAAAUUGUAUAUCUAUGGAAAUGAGAUAGAAGAAGUUAAAGCUAAUACUUUUGACAAUUUAGUGGCAUUGGAUACUUUGGAUCUCUCCUAUAAUAGCCUAGAACACUUAGAUGCCGAUGUGUUUGGUUCUCAUACUUUACCUCGCUUGCGUAAACUUCUGCUUAAAUCGAAUAAUUUGAAAAGUUUACAUCCUCUGGCCUUCACUUCACUACCGUUCCUACAAUAUCUUUCUUUGGGUUUUAAUGAACUGAGCACCUUAGAUGUACGAAUGUUUGCUCCCUUCAGACGUCUGGAGAAACUACAUUUGGGCAAUAAUUUAAUAGAGACCAUAUCAUCCGAUGUAUUGGAAUCAUUAACGGCUGUUUCUGAAUUACUUUUGGAUAAAAAUCGUUUAUCAUUUUUGUCCAAUUCGAAUGCAACUUUUGAAAAGUUAGAAAAAGUUUCUUUGGAGGGCAACCCCUGGCAAUGUCCAUGUUGGGAAGAAAUGACCAAGUGGUUGGAGGCACGCAAAGUAUCAUACGUCCGACCACACAGUCCAUAUUUUAAAGGGCAGAAGCCAUUGUGUGUAGUUACACCGGUUGAGUUUUGUGUAAAGGAUUUGAGAUUGGUAAAAGAACAUCACAUUGAAGAUAUAUAUAAUAGUGGUUAAGGGCUAUUAACAUUGUUAGAAUGCAUUUGAAAUGUGAAACUAAGUUUUAGUUUUAAGGUUUUUAUAAUGUUUUUUAUUUAAUAAAAUUAAAUAAUAGUUUUAUAUAAUUUAAAAUUGUAAUUGUAAAUAUGAAUCUAUUAAACAAAUAUUAAUACUACUUAUUUAUUUAAAAUAAUGGUAAUGAUAUUAUUCAUAACAGUUUUAUACAACAAAUUUUGAUUGAAUAUUAUGUUUUAUAAACAUUUUAAUAAAUUUAUAAUUAGUUUAUGAAUAUGAGUAUAAAUAUGUAUGUGUUCCCAUACAUUUAUAUUCGAUUGACAAUAAAUGAAAUAUACUUUAA